AUGUUGGUGUGCAUCGUUGAGACACCAAAUGUUUGGGUCACGGCGCCCCAGCAGGCCCAAGGGGUCGAGGCCGCGUCUGCUGUGGGUCUGCAGCUGCAGGACGGCUCUCUGCAUUUCCCAAGACCCUUCUGGGGACUCCACGCACAUCUCCCGAGCCUCUGCUCCCUUGGCAGUGAGCACCCGUGGGAGGCAGAGCCAGAGAUAACGCAGCGCUUGAAGAUCCACACAUUACCUCACAGAGAAGCAGAGGGAGGAGAUGAGGAGACGCACGGCCUCUUCUGUCAUUUAGAGAGACGGGUUCAGCCGGCGGUGCCCAUGGCGGAGCGGGCGCUGGAUGAGGACAUGGCCUGGCAGAGAGGUGAGGAUGGAGGAAAGAGCCUGAGGACGCAGACGUGGAACCAGACGUGUGUCAAACUGGCAACGCAGAGAGAGGCAAAGAAGUGGGUGAAGUCUGGACCGACAGCGUCAUCCAGAGCCUGUAAGAGUCAAACGUCUCCAGAAAACGCAGCGAGAGAAAGGAGUCGAGUUCGUAACCUCAGACAGGCCUUCCACAGCCUGCAGGCGGCUUUACCCUCCGUCCCGCCAGACACCAAGCUCUCCAAGCUGGAUGUUCUGGUUCUGGCAACCAACUACAUCGCCCACCUGACUGAGACCCUGGACCAGGGCGGCAUGUUGGGUGACCAGAGCGUCUUGCAGAGAGUCGAGUACCUGCAUCCAGUGAAGAAAUGGCCGAUGCGUUCUCUUCUGUACUGUGGAAACAUUGGAGAGCGACUGACCGGAGCACAGGUCAGCCAGGAGACGGCCAGCAAAGCCGAAAGCAGACUCACAAACUGAGGAAAAAUCAACUGCUGGACAACACUAAAGCUUGUGCAGGAAGUCACACACACACACACAUGCUCGAUAUUUCCACAUUAUUUACUUUUUGUUUUGAUAAAACACUAGAAGUACAAGGUUGAUUUAUAUAUUAUUCACAUUUUUAUAUACAGAUGAAGUCAGAAUUAUUAGCCUUCCUGAAUUAUUAGCCCCCCUGUAUAUUUUUCUC